UCUUUGGUUGACGCUACGAGUGGGGCAGGCGCAGGCGCAGGCGCAGACGCAGACGUGCGGUGAUGGCGAGUCGCGGCGGGCGGCCCGAGCACCGGGCGCCACCUGAAGUGUUUUACAAUGUGGACGAGGCGAAAAAGUAUACACAGAACACGCGUAUGAUUACAAUCCAGGCGCAUAUGUCAGAGAGGGCUGUUGAGCUACUGAAUUUACCAGAGGAUCAACCUUGCUUCCUUCUGGAUGUUGGAUGUGGAUCGGGACUCAGUGGGGAUUACCUCUCUGAAGAAGGACAUCACUGGGUUGGUGUGGAUAUCAGUCCAGCCAUGCUUGAUGUUGCAUUGGAGAGAGAGGUAGAAGGUGAUCUUAUUCUUGGCGACAUGGGUGCGGGUAUGCCUUUCCGACCCGGCUCCUUUGAUGGCUGCAUCAGUAUUUCCGCUCUGCAGUGGUUGUGUAAUGCAGAUAAGAAGAGUCAUCACCCACCGAAACGGCUCUACAAGUUCUUCAGCUCUCUCUAUGCCUGUCUGGCGCGAGGAGCAAGAGCCGUGUUUCAGUUUUAUCCUGAGAACUCUGAGCAGAUGGACUUGAUCUCCACACAGGCCAUGAAGGCUGGUUUCACAGGUGGUGUGGUGGUGGAUUAUCCCAACAGCAAUAAAGCAAAAAAAUUCUUCUUGUGCCUGUUCGCAGGAGUGCCUGGAAAGCUGCCAUUGGGCCUUGGAUCACAACAGGAAGACGAGACAAAGAAUCAAGUGCAGUUCACAAAUGCCAGGUUGAGAUUUAAGAACAUGAAAGGGAAAUCUGUGAAGGGAAGCAAGGACUGGAUUCUGGAGAAGAAGGAGCGUCGAAGGCGUCAAGGAAGGAUGGUUCGAACUGACACAAAAUACAGCGGCAGGAAGAGGAAGACUCGGUUUUAGGAAGCCAGUAGCCGAGAGUUUAAUUUGCAGCAGAUUUUCUAACAUCUAGAAUCUGACACACGCUAUUAACCCUGCAAGGAGCUCCAGGGGUGACAACCAUACCGACCCAGCCCAUUCACCGAGAAUGAGGUUUCCAUUCUUGAGGAUCCAUUAAAAGCGACUCGCUAAUUUUGUGAAUCAUACACAGUUUGAACAUGCCCUGCUCCCAUUUCCUACACUGCUGCCUACAUGCCUUUUGAUGGAAUGGGUUGUCAGAAUUGUUGACCAUCUCAGCUGUCCACUUAUUGACCAAACAUCUCGAGGUCAAACGCACCAAACCAUGCCUUGCAUCAGGAAAGAACUGACCUUGCACAAGAAAAAGGUGUCGCUUUCUUCCAACUGUGACUAUUUACCGAUUGACUUACCAGCUCUCAAGAUUUGAGAAAUUGGCCGACAUCAUUAUGUAAAAAACAUCGUCUAUUGAUUUGCCUACUGUUCUAAGUUGAACAUUUUAAUCUGGUGAUGUAUUAAAUUUAUGCUGGUU